AUGGCCCUAUUGGACCCCGCCAAGUCAGCCGAGUCUGCCAGGCUAACGGGCCAGCCAUGGACCAUGGGUGCACACACUAUUGGUGUAGGACACUGCAAUUUCUUUAGCAACAGGCUAUACAAUUUCACCGGAAAAGGCGACGCCGAUCCUUCCCUGAACUCCACUUACGCAGCCUUCUUGAGAUCGAAAUGCCGGAGCCUCUCGGACAACACGACCGCGGUAGCUAUGAACCCCAGGAGCGCUCUAACGUUCGACAACCAUUACUUCUCUAACUUGAAGAUUCACCAAGGCCUUUUCCAAUCUGAUGCUGCACUGUUGACUAACAAAGGUGCCAGAAAUGUUGUUGAUGAAAUGUUGAGAUCUGGGAAGUUCUUCACUGAGUUUAGCCAAUCUAUUAAGAGGAUGGGUGCAAUUGGAGUGCUCACAGGAACUGCAGGAGAGAUAAGGAAGAAGUGUAGUGUGGUUUAA